AUGGGAAAUAAUAGUCUCCAGCCUCCCUUUGCAGAGACAAUUAUUUGCAUUGAGAAGAUGAUGAUGUGGCUUUCUACAUUGCUGUUCCUAUUGUUGCUGAACAAAGAGGGCUGUGUUGGUCAACUUCUGUCCCUACAAGCAGCCUGUGCUUAUUCCAAUGGAUAUAUACCUCAAAGUUGCAAGGAAAUCAAAAAGAAAUGUCCAGAGUCAGAUGAUGGUCUGUACUUCCUCCAGAGUGGGAAUGGGAACAUCUACCAGACCUUUUGUGACAUGAGGUCUGGGGGAGGUGGCUGGACCCUGGUGGCCAGUGUGCAUGAGAAUCACUUGGCAGGGAGGUGCACCCAGGGGGAUCGUUGGUCCAGCCAGCAAGGCAACAGAAGGGACUACCCUGAGGGCGAUGGGAACUGGGCCAAUUAUGCUACCUUUGGAUCUGCAGAAGGUGCCACCAGUGAUGACUACAAGAAUCCAGGAUACUAUAGCAUUCAGGCCAAGGAUCUGGCCAUCUGGCAUGUGCCCAACAAGUCUCCCUUGAAGCAGUGGAGGAAUAGGUCCCUGCUGAGAUAUCGUACCAACAAUGGCUUCUUCAAGGGUUUUGGAGGGAACCUCUUUGCCCUGUAUCAGAGGUAUCCAGUGAAAUAUGGGAUUGGCAAGUGUUGGAAUGACAAUGGCCCAGCUAUACCUGUCAUCUAUGAUGUUGGUGAUGCACAAACAACUGCCCGUUAUUACUCUCCAGAUGGCCAGAAGGAAUUGGUUGGAGGCUUUGUCCAGUUCCGGGUAUUUAAUGGACAAAAAGCAGCCAAUGCCCUGUGUGCUGGAAUACGAGUCACUGGAUGUAACACUGAACAUCACUGUAUUGGUGGAGGUGGAUACUUUCCAGAAAAGUCUCCCAGGCAGUGUGGGGAUUUCUCUGCCUUUGACUGGAAUGGCUAUGGAACUCAUGCUGGUAGUAGCAACAGUCGGGCGAUAACAGAGUCUGCUGUGCUCCUGUUCUACAGAUGA